AUCUAGACACGACCUAAUGAGAUAUCGAGUCGACCCUGAUGGGUUUAGCCAAGUCCCGUCAUUUUGCGUAAAGCUGGCCCGAGCCCCUGCAGUUCUCGGCAGUUCACCCUCUCAUUCAACAAAGCCGAGACUCCAACACCACCAUGGCCUCCACCGCGCCGGAAACGGCUGAAAAGCCCAAGAAACAGCUUAUUAUCAAUGCUUUUGUAGAGUCUUGCAGCGGGCAUCAAUCGCCCGGACUGUGGCGGCACCCUCAGGAUCGGUCCUGGGAUUUCAACAAUGUCAAGCAUUGGGUGAACCUUGCACAGCUCCUCGAGAAGGGGAAAUUCCAUGGCAUUUUCAUUGCAGAUGUUCUUGGCUCCUACGAUGUCUACAAGGGACCUCAAAACCCAGAUCCGGCGAUCGUGUCCGGUGCACAAUGGCCCGUCAAUGAGCCUCUCGCAGUCGUCCCUGCAAUGGCAGCUGCGACGAAAAACAUUGGCUUUGGUGUUACAGUGGCGACAACUUACGAGCAGCCGUACCACCUUGCCCGUCGUCUCAGCACCGUGGAUCAUCUUACUGACGGGAGAGUUGGCUGGAACAUUGUGACUGGCUACUUGGACUCAGCUGCGAGAAACCUAGGCCAUACGGAGCAGCCAAGUCACGAUGAGAGAUAUGCCAUUGCGGAGGAGUAUGUUGAUGUUACAUACAAGCUAUGGCAAUCGUCUUGGAGAGAUGAUGCUGUGAAGCUGGACCGUGAGAAGGGCAUCUACACUGACCCUGCUCUUGUGCGUUUGAUCAACCACACAGGAAAGUAUUACAACGUCCCGGGACCACACAUCUGUCAACCAUCUCGCCAGCGCACUCCGGUCAUCUUGCAAGCAGGUACCUCCAGAGCUGGCAAGAACUUUGCCGCAAAGCAUGCUGAAGCUAUCUUUGUCGCCGGGCACAGCCCCGCGGUCGUUGCAAAGAACGUCGCCGAGAUUCGUGCCCUGGCCAAGGAGCAAUUUAACCGAGACCCAAGCAGCAUCAAAUUCCUGGCCCUGCUGUGCCCAAUUAUUGGAAAGACGCAGGAAGAGGCGCAGGCUAAAUACGAAGAGCUUGUCAGCUACGGGUCCGAGGAUGGAGCUCUGGCAUUGUUCGGAGGCUGGACCGGAAUAGACCUUGCCAAGUAUGGCGACGAUGAGGAGCUCCGCCAUGUCGAAUCCAACGCAAUCCGCUCUGCCGUGGAGGCCUGGUCCAAGUCCUUGCCAGGAGUACCGAAGUGGACCAAGCACACGGUUGGAAACCAUAUCAAAGUGGGUGGUUUGGGAGCUACCGUUGUGGGAACACCAGAUCAUAUCGCAGAUGAGAUGGAGAGAUGGGUUGCUGAAGCUGACGUGGAUGGCUUCAACCUGGCAUAUGCACUCAUGCCUGCUUCGUUCGAGGAAGUCAUCUCGGACUUGCUUCCAGUUCUGAAGGCUCGUGGUCUAUUCUGGGAUGACUACGCUGUUGAUGGAGGCACUUACCGAGAGAACCUUUAUGCGAAGGAGGGAGUCGCAAGACCACCUGCUGACCACCCUGCAGCACAGUAUCAUUGGAAAGCCGACUAGAGUCGCGGAAGAGAGCAAAUCUUCCCAGGGACGUCUCAAAAAGAAAUCAAUGC